UCACUGCACUGCACUUGACCCAUAACAGUCACUAACAACAAAUAUUAAAUAAUAACAUAUCCAUUUCAGUCACACUCAUCCUCAUCCCUCUCUCUCUCUCUCUACACAAUCCCUGCUUCGUUAGAGAAUCUAGGGUUUCCAACUCCCAAACUCAUUCUUCACCUUCUAAACAAACGCAGGAGGCAACAUGGCAUUUCUUGUUUCCAUUACAAAAGACGGGGCUAACUAAUCUUCCAAUAUAUGGCAACUGAGAGUCCAAUUAGAAUCUCUGAAGCUGGGAGUAAAUGGCCGUCUCUUAAGGAAGCUGCAACUUUUGGCUCGCCAUCCCGUCACAUGGCAACAGAGGAUCUGGGUAUAUUUUUAAAUGGCCAUAGGUUUCAUGGCAGUGGAAAGGAUGCAGUACCCAACCGCAGUGGCAGUGCACCUCCAAGCAUGGAAGGCUCAUUUCUGGCCAUAGAAAACUUGUUAUCCCAGAACACCACCAGGAAUGCGAGCUUGGGAUCUCGGAACAGAGCUAUGCAAAAAUAUGAUAGUGGUAAAGGGUCUUUUCAUUUGUCACAAGGAACUCUUGCAACACACAAGGAGGAGUCUGAGGAUGAUUUGACCCAAAAGCUGUAUAAUAAUUUGUUAGACAAAGCUAGUGGAAAAUGGCAUAGACAGGAUGCGGCUUCAACAUCAUCUCAGGACACAAAUUUAGUACUGGAAGAUUUUCCCCAUAUCAUGUCACCUGUAUAUAAUAAGUCUCUUGGAGUGGUGGAUGAACUAAUUGAUGUGGAUACUGGUUCCAGUUCUUCUCUUGGCCCUCCUGUCACCACAGUGGAUGCUGUAAAACCUACCAUAGGUGCAGAUGAUGUAAGGCUGUCAUCAACUGUUGAUUCCCGUGCCCCUGUCACAAGCUCAUCAUCUCUCAAUUCCACUGGAAGCAUGGGAUUUAAUGUCUUAGAUGUUACAAUUGUAGAAUCUCAAUUAAGGGCUCUCAAUGUAUCUAAUCUACCAAAUUCAGAAAGCCAGAGUUAUGAAGAUAAAUGGAAGAACAGCUGCCAGAAUAAUUUGAUGCAACACCAGCAACAAAACUAUCCAUGUGUGGUGCCUAACACCAAUUCUCAAAGUGAAAAAUGCACAUAUGUUGGUAUGGAGCAGUUUCUUCACAAUCCCAGCAAGUUCUCCUCUGAUGUCCAGCCUGUACUGCAAUCAUCAGGGUAUACGCCUCCACUAUAUGCUACAGCAGCAGCAGCUUAUAUGACCUCAGCAAAUCCAUUUUACACUAAUUUGCAGGCUUUGGGUAUAUAUUCUCCGCAAUAUAUAGGUGCAUACCCUUUUAGUCCCACAGCUGUUCCUCCAUAUAUUGCUGCAUACCCUCCUCAUGGUUCUGUACCACUUGUUGACGGGGCUACUGGUUCUAGUUUUACUCCCCAAGCACCAGGGAUUUCUUCUACUGCAGGAAACAUUUCACACGGAGCUGAAAUGAUGCAUGCAAACAAGUUUUUUGGACAAUUUGGAUUUCCUCUGCAGCCUUCUUUUAGUGAUCCUAUUUACAUGCAAUAUCAUCAACAACCUUUUGUGGAGGGAUAUGGUGUAUCUGCUCAUCUGCUGGCACCUAGAGCCAGUGUUGGCGGCCAAAUUGGUCCCUUUGAUUCCCAAAAAAGGCCCAAUAGUGGUGCUUACUUGGAUGACAAAAAAUUACAUAAUCAGAAAACUGGUGCUAAUUUGAAUUCUAAUAGAGAUGGGCUAAUACACCCUGGUUAUUUUGGACACCCUUCAAAUUUGGGUUUUGUACCCCAGUAUCCAAGUUCCCCACUUUGUAGACCAGUUUUAUCAGGAUACCCAGAAAGUAGUCCUGGCCUUCUAGGUGGAAGGAAUGAAAUGAAACGCUCUCCAGCUUCUGGUAGAAAUGGAGGUUUAUUAUCUGGAUGGCAAGGUCAAAGAGCCUUUGACAGUGCUCACGACCCCAAAAUUGCUAUUUUUCUUGAAGAGUUAAAAUCUGGCAAAGGUCGCAGAUUUGAGCUAUCCGAUAUUAUUGGACAUAUAGUUGAAUUUAGCACUGAUCAGCAUGGGAGCCGUUUUAUACAGCAGAAGUUGGAAAGCUGUGGCGUUGAAGAGAAGGAAUUAGUAUUCAAAGAGGUUCUUCCACAUACUUCAAAAUUAAUAACUGAUGUAUUUGGCAACUAUGUAAUCCAAAAGUUUUUUGAGUAUGGAAGCCCUGAGCAGAGAAAGGAACUUGCAAAUCGACUUCUUGGCCAGAUACUGCCUUUAAGUCUGCAGAUGUAUGGCUGUCGUGUAAUCCAAAAGGCACUUGAGGUUAUCGAUCUUGAACAGAAAGCUCAACUUGUUCAUGAGCUAGAUGGAAAUGUUAUGAGAUGUGUCCGUGACCAAAAUGGGAAUCAUGUAAUACAGAAGUGCAUUGAAUCUAUUCCAACUAAAAACAUUGACUUUAUAAUAUCUGCAUUUCGUGGUCAAAUUGCUCUUCUAUCUAUGCAUCCAUAUGGUUGCCGAGUCAUACAGAGAGUUCUAGAGCAUUGUUCAAAUGAGGUUCAAUGUCAGUUUAUUGUUGAUGAAAUCUUGGAGUCAGUUUUUACUCUUGCUCAGGACCAGUAUGGGAAUUAUGUUACGCAGCAUGUGUUGGAGAGAGGAAAGCCUCAGGAAAGGAGUCAAAUUAUUCACAAGCUAUCUGGACAUAUUUUCCAAUUAAGCCAGCAUAAAUUUGCAUCAAAUGUUGUUGAGAAAUGUUUGGAGUAUGGUGAUGCUACUGAUCGGCAGUUGUUAAUUGCGGAGAUUGUUGGACAUGACAAACAAAAUGAUAAUUUAUUGACAAUGAUGAAAGACCAAUUUGCAAAUUAUGUGAUCCAGAAGGUUUUUGAGAUCUGUUCUGAAAAUCAGCGAGCAACAUUACUUUCUCGCAUAAGACUUCAUGCUCAUGCUUUGAAAAAAUACACUUAUGGAAAACACAUUGUGGCUCGGUUUGAACAGCUACUUGGAGAAGAGAACCAAACAAAUGGAUCAUGAUGACAAUAAAGGUCUUGCGCAAUGCUUCCAUGCAAGCACAACUAGUAUUUCUGUGUUACAGGAGACAGAUGAGAUAUUGGAUCUUUGGGCUUUUCCCAUUGAAAAAACGAAUGCUACUGUGGCUUCAUAUCUGAUAGUUCCGACAUUCAUGGCUUCAAGAAACAUCAGUGUAUGCAUACAUGUUGUGCACUUAAUGUAAUGUCAGUUAAGUAAAUUGGUUUGUAUGAUUGCUUGGGUAUAAUUAGUUGGGAGGAAAUCCUUCGUGAUGUAAAUUUACUGGAUAUUCUCUGCUUUACUGUGGUUUUAGUGUGGGGACAAUCAAGGGUUUGUCUCCUUAAUAUCUGCUCUCUCGUCCUUGUGGUUUGUACGUUGAUUUAGUUAAAUGGUGGCUGUUUUUAAUGUUCCA